CCGAGGUACGAGCAGGGUGCGCGUGAAGAGGUGCAGGGUGUCUUCUCCCGACGCGUUCCAGUACCUGUGCGUCCCCUGACCCGACAGUAUGAAGGAGACGCCACUCUCAAACUGCGAGCGCCGCUUUCUACUCCGCGCCAUCGAAGAGAAAAAGCGGCUGGAUGGCAGACAAACCUAUGAUUAUAGGAACAUCAAGAUCUCAUUUGGAACAGAUUAUGGGUGCUGCAUUGUGGAACUUGGAAAAACAAGAGUUCUUGGACAGGUUUCCUGUGAACUUGUUUCUCCAAAACUCAAUAGGGCAACAGAAGGUAUUCUUUUUUUUAACCUUGAACUCUCUCAGAUGGCUGCCCCAGCUUUUGAACCUGGCAGGCAGUCAGAUCUCUUGGUGAAGUUGAAUCGCCUCUUGGAAAGAUGUCUCAGAAAUUCGAAGUGUAUAGACACUGAAUCUCUCUGUGUUGUUGCUGGUGAAAAGGUUUGGCAAAUACGCGUGGACCUACAUUUGUUAAAUCAUGAUGGAAACAUUAUUGAUGCUGCCAGCAUUGCUGCAAUUGUAGCCUUAUGUCACUUCCGAAGGCCUGAUGUCUCUGUCCAAGGAGAUGAAGUAACACUGUAUACACUUGAGGAGCGCGAUCCUGUGCCAUUGAGCAUCCACCACAUGCCCAUUUGUGUCAGUUUUGCCUUCUUCCAGCAAGGAACAUAUUUAUUGGUGGAUCCCAAUGAACGAGAAGAACGUGUAAUGGAUGGCUUGCUGGUGAUUGCCAUGAAUAAACAUCGAGAGAUUUGUACCAUCCAAUCCAGUGGUGGGAUAAUGCUGCUAAAAGAUCAAGUUUUGAGAUGUAGUAAAAUAGCUGGUGUGAAGGUAGCAGAAAUUACAGAGCUAAUACAGAAAGCUUUGGAGAACGACCAGAAAGUUAGGAAAGAAGGUGGAAAGUUUGGCUUUGCAGAAUCUAUAGCAAAUCAAAGGAUCACAACAUUUAGAAUGGAAAAGGCCCCUGUUGAUACCUCCGAUGUAGAGGAGAAAGCAGAAGAAAUCAUCUCUGAAGCUGAACCUCCUUCAGAAGUUGUUUCGAAACCUGUGCUGUGGACUCCUGGAACCGCCCAAAUUGGAGAGGGAAUAGAAAACUCCUGGGGUGAUCUCGAAGACUCUGAGAAGGAAGACGAAAAUGAAGGUGGCAGUGAUGAAGCUAUCAUUCUUGAUAGUAUAAAAAUGGACACGGGAGAAGUCUCUAAUAUUGGAAGCCAAGAUGCCCCUAUAGUGCUCUCAGACAGUGAAGAAGAAGAAAUGAUCAUUUUAGAACCAGAUAAGAAUCCGAAGAAAAUAAGAACACAGACCAUCAGUGCAACACAAGUAAAAGCACCAAGUAAAAAGCCAGUGAAAAAGAGAAAAAAGAAGAGAGCUGCUAAUUAAAGUUCACAUAGUUGUAUAUUUGUAUAUAACUAUUAAAAAGGACAGAAGCUCAAAACACAUGGCUGCUAAGAGAACAGUUGCUUAAGGAGGCUGUGCCUGAUUUGUGAAUCCCUUAAAUAAAGUUGAAAUGUCAAGGAUCUCUGAACCGUACGAUAGCCUGGAAAAGCAAGCUUCUUUGGUAUCUACUGCUGUUAAUUCUUACUUUGAGUUUUUGUACUUUUCUCUUAUUGACUGUUGUGCAUGCCGCGGAGCUCUGAGGUAGGUCUGGUGAAGGUCCAUGAGACAAGGCUUUAGAGUUUCCAGCGUAUAUCCAGUCUUUUGUACUAAUGAUUCAGGCUGCAGGAGGGAGGACGGAACCACUGAGUUUUGUUUUUAGUAACAGACACUGAAUACAAGUUAGUUAGUAGUUGGCAUUAAGCUUGAGUUUUGUUAAACUUCAGUCCUAACACCUCCAACUAACAUCUUCCAGUUUUCUCAAGCUCUGUUUGCUAACUUCGAUCAAUUUUUACUAUUUUCCUUGCCAGCAGCAAGUCUUAUGGCCUGAAUUCUUUAAGCACACCUUUCAAAUCCAAGUAUUAAUAGUAAGCAAGCUUUCUACCUAACAACACAUGCUAUUAAACAGGUAAGACAAAAUGCUUUAAACAGUGUAGGUGAUUGAAUAGCUCUUCCAGUUCAGUACAUCUAGACAACUGUCAGUUGUAUAGGACAGUUAUUUAACCUAUCUGGCACAAGCAUUUACAGCACAAGGUGGAUGUGUGAGGACAUCGUCAUACAUACCCAGCUUUGUCCCGUGACAGUGUAGAGUGCUAAAUGGAAGGCUGCUGCGGCGAUAACUGAUGGCAAAUACUUUAGAUAUGGGUCAGCAUCUAUCAAACUUAACUCUCCCAAAAACUGGAAUGAAAAAGUAAAUAUGCUUUAUGAUCAUAAGAGCUCUGGAAUUCAAACCUCAAAUCCUUACCUUCUGACCGAAUAUUUUGCUGUCUUUAAGACUGGCUCUGUAGCAACCAUCGCCACAUCUUUAAAUAUACCCACUACCGUGUUUUGCUUCAUUCUCAUCCUGUAUUUUUCCUCCUUUAAUAACUUUAAAAACUCUGCUGGCUACCAUUUCCCAAGACUUCAUCCUCAUACCACUAUUCCUAGUGCUUUCUCCAUUUAUGUUUUCUUUUGCCAAUGAUAGGCUUUCUUUCAUACUGCAGCACUAACCUGUCCCCAGAAUACUAAAUCCCUUGACCAAGGCUGUAUAAUGAAAUUAGAGCUUGCCCCUAAUUGUGACCUUAGAAUCUUCAUUCAACAAAAUGAAAAGAACUUACCAUUGCUAAACUUUCAACUUUGCAGUUUGCAGACUGCUGGUGCAGAAAGUACUGGGUAAGAAACUGAUUUAUUGUUGGUGCAGCUAAGUCAAAAGCAAGGACUUUCAAAACUAGGUGCUCCAUUCUCAGAACUUGUUUCUUGGUAUAAGUGUCAUCUGUAAUGUAUACAAAUUCUGCUACUUCUGGGGGGUAUAUUUCUUCAAACUUUCUACAAUGAAAGGAGUUUUAAGUAAUCAGUCCUUUUAUAAGAAAAGCAAGCUUGUUUAUCCCGACUUGAAAUCCCUUAAGCAGAAUAAAUGGAACGAAUCCAAAACCAGUUGCCUGUUUCCACUGAUACUUGACCAUUUCUAGCCAAGACUACGUAAGUGCUAAUUAAAAGCCCCAAAUAUUUCUCCCACUUCAGUCAAAGGAAAUAAGUGAGAGACUGACUUCCCAAGAUGGGAACAAUGCCAGAGUUCACCAAGUAACUGAAAAUGUAGGAAAUUUCCUUAGAAAAAUAAAUAAUUUACAUUUUAGUUUUCAUGUCUUAAUGGAGAAAAGAUUUUGCUUAUAUACCAGAAAGUACUUUAAAGUGGAAGGAACCACUCUGUAACCUAGUCCUGGUGUAUUAAAAUGUCACCAGUCUGUAGGUUCAUUCAAGGUGCCCUGAAAUCCAGAUCUAGGAAAAUUAAUGUCCUAAAUUCAAAAAGUUUCAUCCACUCCACCAUCCCUAAAGUAGUUGCUGACUCCCUGCCUUGUAUAGUAUGUUAAAAUGUCACACUUUAAAAGAUCACAAUUUCUUCCCUACACAGAAAUACUACUAAUCACUUUUAACCCAACAAACCAAGUUGUACUUACGAGGCUAACAGCAUAGCAGCAGUGCCCACAAGCUGAAGUUUUCCUCUCAACACAGACAUUGAUGAAAGAAACCUAUCAAUGUAGUUCACAGCCAAAUGCAGGGUCUCAUUCUGUAGUUUAUAUUCUUCUCCUACUUCAACUAACCAGUCCACGAGGAUAGCCCUCAUACUGUUAGUAAUGUCUGGCUGUUUCUUCAUGUAACCCACUUUAGGCUUACAUUUAACCUGUUGAGAAGGUUACUUAGUAUAGUGUUAAAACUGCAGUUAGAUUAUUUUACCAUUAACAGAUGCUGCCUAUAUGCUAGAAACUUAAGUAUAGCAUUAGAGUAAUUCACUGGCAGUUAAAAAACUUAAAAACAUUAUCCUCUUAAUUUCCUUUCACCACAGUGAACAAAUAGUAUAAAAAGUAGAUUCAGAGAGCCUUUACCUCCAUUUCCCUAAGGUAUGUGUAAAUGUCCUCAUGGUAGUCUGGUACUUCAUUAACACUCACUGGCUUUUCAUCUUCCAAUACAAUUGACAUAUCCAUAGUAUGUGGUGACUCUGGGAGAAUUCAAAAGUACAGUGAAGUUCACUUUUCAUUUUCGACUUAAUUUAAGAGCUAAAAGUGAUUGCCCUUGUAAGGAGUCCCAAACUACCAAUGUGUUUAUUUCAUCCAACUAAAAAGAGCUUGUUAUGACAAAGUACAUAGAAGAUUUAACUCUGAUUUUAGUACCUAUGUCCACCUACUUUUGGAAUGAUUUUAAUUAACAAGAAAAAGUACUGACAAACCAUUAACAGGAAAAUGAGUUUGAGGAGCAGGUAUUAUGUUGAAGUAUCAUUCAUCUCCCAUGACAGGAGUACACUGGUUUUGCUAGGACAAAGUUAAAAUCCAAGUUUUGAGAUAUCUAGGAUUUGUCAUAAGAGAGUUUGCAAACCCCUAAGUCUAACCUAUUCAAAGCACAAUCCAGGCAAUAACGAGAAGUAGGGCUAACAAGUGUGCUAAAGAGAAACUCAGAUUUGUUAUGGGCAGUUCAAACACAUUAACACUAAAAUCAAUGGGUGAUUCUUUUUUGGUAAAUUUAAAUUAUCUUUGAAGGCAAAAAAUAUCAUCCAUUAUUCUUUUUACUUCAAGGUUUGAGGUUAAAAUUUAUUGCAGAUUUUAAAUAAAAAUACACCAAUUAUUUUAUUUCCAUAGGACUUCCCUGCUACACCUCUCAUCCAUAGAACUAAAGCUGAGAUUGAAUUUAGUGAGCUGUCCAGUGACUCGAUAGCCUGAUGGUAAAGAAGCAGCACAAACUGUAGUCAGAGUUGUCUAUAGCAGCUACUCUGACUCACAGGAGGACAAUGUCCCUCUCUGGUAACAGACAAUCACUCAGACUGAUUUUACAGAAACAGUUUUAAAGGUGGAAGAGAUGUUGGCUAUCUCAAUAUUUAAAGCUGCAUUCUCAAAUAGCACUCUAUUUGAGAAUGGUAUGUACAAAGUGAGUCUUAAGAAUACAACUGAAAUAUAUUCUCCCAAUCAAGCAAACAUUUCCAGGGUCAGAUUAAAAUAAGUCUGAGAUCUAAUGAAAUUGAUGUAAUUAGCCGUGUACCAGAAGGAGCACGGGAUUAGGAUCCUUUUGUAGGUCACUAGGUCUUGCAUUAGCUGUGAGGCCUGAGAUAAGUCACACCCUUUCUAAACUUGUUACAUUAAACCUAACUCAUAAUGUAGUUAAGGAUCAGGUAAGAUAAUGUUCUGAAAAGCAAAAUUUCAUUAAUCCAGUCUAUUCAGUAAUUAUGAUUACAUUGAUUUGAUAACAAAUUUUCUUUAAAACUUACCAAAACUACCAUCCAUUGGGUAAUCAAGAGGUACCAGUGGUUUUCUUGGUCCUGGUAAAGUAAGAGCUGAGUUAAAAGCCAAGACAUCUUCACCUUCUGGUUUUUUAGAUUCAGCUGGCCUCUUCUGAGUCUCUUCCUCUGCUGCAUCCACGUGAAUGGUAAACGCAGGCUGCUGGCUGUUUGCUUUCCAGGCAGGAACGGUGACAUGCUCAUCAUUUACAGGAAGAUCCUUAAGAGGUGCAACCUAAAAAAUAAAUAACUGGCUUUGAGCUUA